GAUAUCAUUUAACUGCUCGACAGAUGUCAUACCGGACACCAGAACCUGGUUUCGAAACGCAGAGCAAUUUAAUUGUGGGUCUUGCUCUUUUUUUUUUUGAGGGGGUUUUAUCGGCGAAACUUUAUUAAUUUUAACUUUUUUAUUAUAUUCUGAAUAAUAAAAUCAAUUCUUAGCAUCUAAUCUGCCGAAUAAAUAUUCGCUGAGCGAAGAUGGAAACCAACUAACGAUAUCAGAUCUAUGCAAAAUGUGUGACAUCCCUGAUUUGGCGGUCGUACAGUGCCAGGUGGGGGCCGAUAACGGAUAUUACGUGACGUAUGCAUACGCCGAGGGAUACGUUAAUGUUCUAGAACGAACAACGAUAAACCACAACCAAAGUAAUCUAAGAGACGUUGUAUGGCAAGCCAAUGUAGCGGUAGAGUUCAGCGUGGCAUACCUCAACGAUGCCUCGACAGAUGUCACUGUUCUCUGGUACUUCCGGGAAAAUCAAAUCCUUCCCGGAAAUGAUGAAAGGCUGAUAAUAUCGGCAGAUGGCAGGUCCCUACUUAUCAACAUGACUGGAGAAGUUGAUGGUGGCCGGCAUAGGUGUGGUUCUUACAGAUGCGUGGUAACCAACAAAUAUUCCACAGAUGAGAAAGUCGUAUCGCUGAAAUAUGAAGAAAUCGUACCCCCACCGAGAACCGCUAGUCUUUGGUGGAUCUCCCUGAUAGUCGUGGGAGUGUUGCUGUUGCUGCUGCUGUUGUUGUUUUUGUUGUUUUGUUGCGGUUGCAUUGAGUGUUGCGCCUGUUGGUUGCGAUACUGCGCUUGUUGCGUUUGUUGGUUGCGUUGUUCGCCCUGCUGCUGGUUCUGUGCCGACAAGAAAGAAGUUUAUUCAGUCGAAGAGAAAGAGCAAAUGCGGGCCUACAACAGUAGCAGGCAGUUGAGAAGCGUGGAUAUCAGUGGAUUUGCCUCAAGCAACCAGCAAACGAACGGAGACAUCAGUAACAUUAAGAACAACAUUCACAGCAGCAGCAACAACAACAGCUUCUCAAGCAGCUACAACGGCCAGGUCAACCUUGGCCACACAGAGGGAAACACCCAUAAUGUCAUGACCAGCGAUGACAACAUCCAUAGAAAUUCAUACCAGCGUGAAAGCAUCAGCAACAUCAACAACACUGACAUCAACCAGGCAACAACAUCAACAACAAAACAGAGCAACAAAAUCUCAAUGAUUGACGGCUGUAGCGUUGCCUACAACUACAAAUACGACCAUUACGUUCAUCCCACGCUACAUGAAACGAACUCAACUAAUCUGAACUACCAGAAAAAGACCGACUACAACGACAACUCUAACGACGAGCCGAUUUUGAGGCCGCUAUUGCGAGCGAGUGGUCAUGAAAAUUUAAACAGCUUAUCAGGAGCCAGUUUUACAAGGAGAAUUAGUUCGGUUCGCGGUAGUAGUAGUUACGAAAGGAAAAAAUUUGAGAUCGUUGAUGUGCCUGACGAUGGCGACGAUUACUACGACGACGACGAUGAUGCGGCUGGCAGCUGUGGUGCUGGUGGCGGAGCGAGUGGCCUCCAGAGAAAUUAUAGCAACAGAGUUAAAAGUAGCAGAUAUGUACACGAAUCGUAUUCGGAAAUUUGA